AUGGAGACUGAUCUAGUAGCCACCUUACCGGCUGCAAGAAGAGUGAAGAGUGCUCCCCGCUUGCAAUGGCCCAGAAACCUAUCCAGGUCGGCGUCAUCUUCGCCUGUUACUACCACCCCUGGAACAGAGACUCCUGUGUCUAGCACCAAUGCACUAGCAGCUGCUGUACCAGAGGUCAAAAGCCCAAAGAGACAAUCCGUUCUCGCAAACAGGAUGUCAUUCUGGGGUAACAAGUCUAAUUCGAGCUUGGGUGAUCACAAUCUCACGUGGGGUGCAAGCACUGAUCGAGGCUACAGAAAUACCGUGACUCCUGGAACUCUAGGCUUGAGCGUCACAAAGGAACCUAUACAUCACGCUCUCGAAGAUUGUUAUUGGCCUACACAGCAACGUGUGGAAGGUUUUGAGGGCCCGACACGCUUUUGGGUCUUGGCGGAUGGCCAUGGUGGUGAAUCAGCUGCACAAUUCUUUGUUGCUCGGUGUGUUGAACAUGUAAAGGCACUCAUGAAGGAAGAAGAUUGGGACUUUGAUGAAAUUGCUAAUCGGGAACGAUUCCAGCAGAAGAUACAGAGGCUCUUCCAGUCCAUGGAUCAAGAAUUCUGUAACGCAAAGACUGCUCAAUACAGGGAAUGGGUUCGAGCUGGCUCGGAACCGUCUCUACGACCAAUCGACGAUGGAUGCACCCUCCAACUUAUAUUACUACACCGCAACUAUUUCGCAGUCGCCAAUGUUGGCGACACAAGAACCGUCAUUGCUGCCCGUCCAGCAUCCCUUCGACCACCACAACCACAACGUAACGGCAACUGGCAACUAGUAUUCGGUACCGAAGACCACGACAUGACCCACCCAGAACGUGUGUUUUUUAUAAGCUCUGCUGGCGGACAGUUUGUAAACCAUCUAGGACAGAUCUUGCCUAUAUCGGUACAAGCACCAUCUGUACGUGGACGACGUCCAUACACGGAAUUGACUGGUGGACGUAUAUAUCGACCACCCGUUAGUGUCGGUGACGCAGUCCGUAAACUAGGAAUCAGCUACCGCCGAACAUUAAAUCUAACCGCAUCACUUGGUGACCUCGUCUUCAAACUCGAACCACCUGUAUUAUCAUCCGCACCCGAUGUCUCCUUCGUUCUCCUCGAACCACGUAAUGACUAUAUAAUCGUAUCAGCUACCGAUGGGUUAUGGGACCAUCUCCGCGUACAAGGCGCCCAUCAAAACGAUACCGUGAUGGAGUGGAUUGGAUACCAGCUCGAUGGGUCUAACGGCAAGCAACCUUAUGUCGAUGAUCGCUCUGAUUCUGGAUAUACGACUGAUGAUGAAGAGCUGGCUGCUAGUGGUAGUGGACGCCCAGAUCGUCGUAGUAAUGGGACUACAACACUGCAGUCUAGAAUCGAUACUGCUGCUGCUGGACUCGCAACACGAGAGAGAAAGGGUGGAGACGCAUUGUAUCAUCAGAAGAUGGUGAGAUAUGAUGAUUGUACGGCUAUUAUUAUGCAUCUGAGGGCUAAUGAGAGUGCCAAGUAA